UUGUCCGAAAUUGUUUAAUGUGCCCGGUAGAUCAGAACUAACUUCACACAAGCAGUUACUUGACGCGUUUGUUGGAUUAUUCAAUCCAGCAACAUCAUAAAAAGCAAACAUGGCAGAUUAUCUUGACGACCAAACCGAAGAUGCGCUACUUGCUGGACCUGAUGAAGAAACUUCUCCAGGCAUGCCAGGGUUUCAGUCACCGGGCGGAGAUGAAACGGGUGUUGAAGAUGCUGAACUUGAAGCCAUCAAAGCCCGCGUCCGGGAGAUGGAAGAAGAAGCUGAGAAACUCAAGGAGAUGCAGAGCGAAGUGGAGAAGCAGAUGAACAUGAGCUCACCGCCUCCUGCCGGACCGGCCGCGCCUCUGUCUCUAGAAGACAAACAGGAGGUGGAUAACAGAUCAGUUUAUGUGGGAAAUGUCGAUUAUUCAACAACUGCAGAAGAAUUAGAGGAACAUUUCCAUGGCUGUGGGUCUAUCAACAGAGUAACAAUCCUGUGUGAUAAAUUCACUGGUCAUCCAAAGGGGUUUGCCUAUGUUGAAUUUUCCGACAAGGAUAUGGUGGAGCCUGCUCUAGCACUCAAUGAAUCCCUAUUCAAAGGAAGGCAGAUCAAGGUGAGCGCUAAACGCACCAAUCGUCCUGGUAUCUCUACGACAGACCGCCCAGGCCGGGCGCGAUUCCGCGCUACCGGAAGGUCAGCUUACCGUGGUUACAGUCCCUAUGCCAACGUCUACGGUGGCUACAGGCCAAGAAGAUACAGACCAAGACGCUACACCAGGUAUUCCCCUUACUGAGAAAAUUGAAUGUAUGAAUUGCAUAAUGUUACUGCAGUGGUAGAGCACUUUCCGAUAUAAAAAAAA